UUUCCGGCAUCUAGCGAGUACGACUAGCGCCCCACGCUGCCGACCCGAUCCAAAAUCCGACCGUUGUGCAGCGCAGGAGCGCUCCCCUUCUCCUCCCUUCUGAACAGCUUUUCCGCCCGUCUCCACUGUUCACUCUCCAGUUGCGACUUGCGAGUCUUCCUGCAACUAGCGCGCACACCGAAUUGUUGGCAAGAGAGAAACCCUUCCUCGUCCCGUUCAACCGGCGCCGCCGACUCGCGUGUUCCUCCCCGCGUCCUCGUUCUCCUUGCUGCUGGACCCGCUAGUGGGGAUCGACCUGAUUUCUCCUGUGCUGGUGCGCAAAGAAAGGUUGUGCAGUUACAUCACCAAUCUAGGCACCGUCUCCUCUACGGUGCUUGUUCCCCUGUCAAUUGGAUAUUACCCAGGCUUUCAAGGUAGAAAAGAAGCUUUUUGUUCCAUCAUGGCCUUAUCAACUCCAGCGUCUAUUUUGGUUGACGAGAACCAACAGAUAAAUAGAGGUAAGAGGGCCGAUGGACCAAGGGCCAAAGGGCUGAAGCCAUCCGAGAAUCCUGGCAAUCAAGGGAGGAGAGCUCUUAAGGAUUUGUCCAACUUCUCUAAAGGCACUGGUUUGAAGGACACUUCCACCCUGAAAGAGAAGUCCCAGCAGAAGCCUCGUAGUAAUGUGGCCAACACUAUUAAAGGCAAUGCUUUGAAGGACAAGCCCAUCCUGAAAGAGAAGUCCACCCAGGAACAGAGGUCAAAAGCUCUUAAGAACCCAAUGAAAAUUUUAGUUGAUGAAGAGAUCAAAAUGUGCCAUGAGUGGGCUAAGGAUGGGGUGGAGGGAUUUCACUCAACACAAAAUAAUUCUCAAAAGUUGGAUAAGGAUCUGCUAGACAAACGUGUCAAGAAGAAAGUGGCGGCAGUAAACUCAGCCUUGUGUGGUUGGCCAGAUACAGUAUUUGAUUCUCUAAUGUAUCCAUCUAUGGAGGUUGCUGAGCUUUUUUAUGAACAAAACGUGCUGGAGGUGGAACCUGAGAUUCUCCCGGACAUCAGUUGGCGUCUCUCUAGUUCAGUAGAUGGUAAAGCAAAGAUUGAUGAAGACCGUCUUACCGAUGCUGAGCUUGACCAGUACCAUUCUUUGGAGAACAAUCCAAUUAUUUUUGAGCUGAGAGACGAGCCAGCGAUCCCGCAGCUGGGAGUGUAUUGAAGAAUCUGUGCCAGCAGGACAGAAAGCUCUGUUUGCUUGCUGCUUGCUCUGGAGUCUGGAGUUGUCUAGUCUAGAAUUCUAGUAGGUCUUGAACCUGGUGUUUUCCCCAGCUAUGUUCUAGUGGGAUGUUGGUGAUGUAGGAUUUCAGUUUGAGUACUGGUACCAGUUCCAGCUGAAGCGACAGCCUUAUGGCUGCUGAUGGGUGAUGGUUGUGGAACAACGGGCGAUAUAAUUCUAAUAUUUUCAGCAAACUAGUCUGUGGUCUCUAUAUUUAUUCUCGUGAAUCCUAAACAGUGCUAAGUUUUUUUUGGCCCUAAUCUAUGGUCUCUAUAAAAUCGAUAUUAUUUUUACUA